AUACAUUUGAAAAAAUGAAUAAAAUUAUUUUUGUUUCAUAUCAAGAAAUGGAUGAAAAGAGGCUGCUGGAUCCAGGGUUGAAAGUUCGUAAAGGCCUCUGGGAUUACACUCUGAAGAACCAGCAGGUGGAAUGCCUGAGUGACUGAAGAAAAUGGGUGCUAAUGCAUCUACCUAUCCUCAUGCAUGUUCCCCGAGGGUAGGGGGAAAUUCUCAAGCCCAGCAGACUUUUAUAGGGACAUCAUCCUAUUCUCAGCAAGGCUAUGGUUGUGAAUCAAAAUUAUAUAGCCUUGACCAUGGCCAUGAGAAACCACAAGACAAAAAAAAGAGAACCUCUGGCCUUGCCACCCUCAAAAAGAAGUUUAUUAAGCGUCGAAAAUCUAAUAGGUCUGCCGAUCAUGCCAAGCAGAUGCGAGAACUCCUCUCUGGGUGGGAUGUUAGAGAUGUUAAUGCUUUAGUGGAGGAAUAUGAGGGAACUUCAGCCUUAAAGGAGCUUUCUCUACAAGCCAGUUUGGCUAGACCAGAAGCUCGGACAUUGCAGAAAGAUAUGGCCGAUCUUUAUGAGUACAAGUAUUGUACCGACGUAGACUUAAUAUUUCAAGAAACUUGUUUUCCUGUUCAUCGUGCCAUUUUGGCGGCGAGGUGUCCGUUUUUUAAAACACUGCUUUCUUCCUCACCGGAGUAUGGGGCAGAGAUCAUUAUGGACAUCAAUACAGCUGGUAUAGACAUGCCCAUGUUUUCUGCUUUGCUACACUACCUUUAUACAGGAGAGUUUGGAAUGGAGGACUCAAGGUUUCAAAAUGUUGAUAUCCUCGUUCAGCUUAGUGAAGAAUUUGGAACACCGAAUUCCCUUGAUGUAGACAUGCGUGGACUUUUUGAUUACAUGUGUUAUUAUGAUGUCGUCCUUAGUUUUUCUUCAGACUCUGAACUGGUUGAAGCUUUUGGUGGAAAUCAGAACUGUUUAGAUGAAGAGCUCAAAGCUCACAAGGCUAUUAUUUCAGCACGGUCCCCAUUUUUUCGGAAUUUAUUACAAAGAAGGAUACGGACUGGUGAAGAAAUCACAGACCGAACUUUGCGGACUCCCACAAGAAUUAUAUUAGAUGAGUCCAUUAUACCAAAAAAAUAUGCGAAAGUGAUAUUACACUGUAUGUAUACUGAUGUGGUGGACCUCUCCGUUUUGCACUGUAGCCCCUCGGUGGGGAGUCUCAGUGAGGUUCAGGCUCUCGUCACAGGGAAGCCAAACAUGACCAGGGCAGAAGAAGCCAUGGAACUUUACCACAUAGCACUGUUCUUGGAAUUUAACAUGCUUGCACAAGGCUGUGAGGAUAUCAUUGCUGAGAACAUCUCACUAGAUACCUUAAUUGCCAUCCUCAAGUGGAGCUCUCAUCCAUAUGGCUCUAAAUGGGUGCAUCGACAAGCUUUACAUUUCCUCUGUGAGGAGUUUUCCCAGGUCAUGACUUCGGAUGUUUUUUAUGAACUCAGCAAAGACCAUCUGCUCACUGCUAUCCAGUCUGACUACCUACAGGCAAGUGAACAAGAUAUCCUUAAGUAUCUGAUUAAAUGGGGUGAGCAUCAGUUGAUGAAAAGAAUAGCUGACAGAGAGCCAAACUUACUGAGUGGCACUGCCCAUAGUGUGAACAGAAGAGGCGUAAAAAGACGAGACCUAGACAUCGAAGAGCUUAGAGAGAUCCUUUCUUCUCUCUUAUCAUUUGUGCGAAUUGAACACAUCUUACCUAUUAACAGUGAAGUCCUAAGUGAUGCAAUGAAAAGAGGCUUGAUUAGUACUCCUCCAUCGGAUAUGCUUCCUGCAACAGAAGGUGGAAAAUCAAAUGCCUGGUUACGGCAAAAAAAUGCUGGAAUAUAUGUUCGUCCUCGACUGUUCUCUCCCUAUGUGGAGGAAGCAAAGUCAGUGCUGGAUGAGAUGAUGGUGGAGCAAACAGAUCUUGUGCGUUUGCGAAUGGUUAGAAUGUCCAACGUGCCAGACACACUUUACAUGGUCAACACCGCUGUGCCACAGUGCUGUCACAUGAUGAGCCACCAGCAGAUCAGCAGUCACCAGUCAAGCCCUCCUUCAGUCGUAGCCAAUGAAAUUCCAGUUCCUCGUCUCCUCAUUAUGAAAGACAUGGUCAGACGUCUGCAGGAGCUGCGGCACACCGAGCAAGUGCAGAGAGCCUACGCACUCAACUGUGGGGAAGGUGCCACGGUCAGCUACGAAAUUCAAAUUCGAGUCUUAAGAGAGUUUGGUCUCGCGGACGCUGCCGCCGAGCUCUUGCAGAAUCCUCACAAGUUCUUUCCGGAUGAACGUUUCGGGGAUGAAAGUCCACUCUUGACAAUGAGACAAUCUGGGAGAUGUCGUGUUAACAGUACCCCCACUGCGGAAACCAUGUUUACAGACCUGGACUCCUUUGUGGCCUUCCAUCCACCCUUGCCGCCCCCACCACCUCCAUACCAUCCCCCAGCCACCCCAAUCCAUAACCAGCUCAAAACAGGCUGGAAACAAAGACCUCCCAGCCAGCACCCUUCACGUUCGUUCUCCUAUCCCUGUAAUCAUUCCCUGUUUCACUCCAGAACGGCCCCUAAAGCCGGCCCCCCUCCAGUCUACUUGCCAGGUGUCAAAGCAGCAGCUCCUGAUUGUGCCAACACCGCAGGACUGGGGAGACCGACCGUGGCCGUGGCCACUGCCGCCGCCCCUUCGGCAGCAGCAGCGUGUGAGAAACAAGUGUGUACACAACCUGUGCUAAAUGAUCUAAUGCCAGACAUCGCCAUGGGUGUGUCCACACUGUCACUCAAGGACAGGAGGCUUCCAGAACUGGCUGUAGACACAGAACUAAGCCAGUCUGUUUCGGAAGUAGGACCAGCGCCUCCCCAGCAUCUGUCAUGUGUUCCACAGAGGCAUACACACACGUCUCGGAAGAAACACACUCUGGAGCAAAAAGUCGAUGCUCGAGAAAAUCAGCAGGAAUAUCCGGAUUUCUAUGACUUCUCAAAUGCUGCUUGCAGACCUUCGACGCCUGCUCCUGGCAGACGCACCCCUUCCCCUUCGCAAGGUGGAUACUUCGGUCCCGAUUUGUAUAGCCACAGUAAGGCAUCACCAAGUGGCUUAAAGUCAGCCUACCUGCCCAGCCAGACCUCUCCUAAAAAGCAGGAAGAAGCUAGGAGAGAAUAUCCACUUUCCCCUGACGGACAUCCUCACAGACAAAAGAACGAGCCAAUCCACCUUGACGUUGUUGAGCAAUCGCCCCAGCGGUCAGACUUUCCGUUGGCAGCCCCGGAAAACGUUGGCAACGGUCCAGCCCAUGUCAGGGGACGAACAGCAAUAGAAACCGACUUGACUUUCGGGCUGACCCCCAACCGACCCUCACAUCCCGCAUGCAGCUCUGAAGCUCCGGAAGAGAGAUCCGGUAGGAGACUGGCAGACAGCGAGUCCCUGGGCCUCGGAGCUCAGCGAAAUACCGAUUUAGAAAGGGAAGAUUCGAUAAGCAGGGGAAGGAGGUCCCCCAGCAAGCCAGACUUCCUCUACAAAAAGUCUGCCCUCUGAGAGCAACCUCCCAAGUCGUCUGUGCCUGAGAUGUGAAACAUCCCAUUUUAUGAUGUAACCUGACAACUUAGAGACCAGUUUCUCGAUGCCAGCUAACUCAGUUUCGCAUUAUUUUAUUCUAGUUUUUGUAUAUACAUGUUCAUGAGGCGUGGCAUGCUACGAGGGUUCUUUUGAAUGGUGCAUCUGUUUUGUGUUUGAGCAGUUGUGUGGGGAAGCAUUUUUAAGAGCAAGCAAGCUGGCACUUUUUUUUCUUCUCUUUACAAAUGAUGGGAUUUUUUUGCACUUGUACAUUUAUUUUGUCGGUAUUGAUUUUAUAUCAGUAUGUCAAACUUUAUUGCCACAUUUAAAGGAACCGUAUUUUCAUACUUUUUUGCAUUUUACCUUUCAUCUACCAGUUUCCACGUGCAUCGGACUGCACACUAAGAUGUAUUUUCUUAUGAAAUAGUUCUGUGCUUAUUUUUUAAUUAUAGAAAUUCCAAAGAACAGCACAUCAAAAUGCUCCUCUCUCUUCGGUAAUUGUUUUAGUUCAGAAAUCUUCCUGCUCGAUCUCCAUUAAGUCUAAUAUCAUUCUUCCUUAACAAGUCUUGGGAGCUGGUCUUCAUUCCUCCAGCGGGAGUCCGGUCAGGAUCCUGACAUGUUCUGGUUCGGUAAAGAACUGAAAGGAGCAAAGCCUUUUGUGCCCAGGCUGAAGCUGUAGCUUUGUUCGGUGUGUGGGCACCGUCAGAAUCCUGCCAAUGCUGGUAGCGUGCGUUAGCGUAGAACUAGAUGAGGUCCUCGAGACAUUGGAUUUCUUGGAAUCCUGAGGCGGCAGAAACAGCAAAGUAACCUAAAGAUUGCCCGAUGGGAUUUCUGGUUCUGAGCGUCGACUCUCCAGCUGAGACGGGAAAUGACUGUUUGCUGCCUUCAGCUGUCUUGCUCUCUGUGGGGAAAAAAAAAAACAAAAGGGCUUCAGUCUUACGGAUGUCAUUUGGUGUUUGUAAGCCUGUGUUUUCUUUUAAAUGUUUUUCAAAGUUUGUCUGAAUUUUGGUGUCCUAAAAGUGUUGUAGAACGCAUAAUCCUUUGUCACCAAAAAAGAAAAAGAAACCUUUUUUUUUUCCCAGUGAAACACUACAUGUCCUACUUGAACUCCACUGGGGACGCUGGUUUGGGAUUUUACUGAACCACUGAGCACAUGGGAUCUUUUAAGGUCCUCUCCCUUGGAAGGGCAAUGUGUGAGCUAAGGACUGUUUUUUUUUUUCUUACUCUCCAAUGUAAAUAUAUUAGUAUUUGAGUUUUUAAAUCACUUCAACAUUAUUUGAACAUUCACUUUGUAUUUUUACAAACACAUACACACACAGCCGUAGCACUUAGAAGAAAAGGGCCUUGCCGAGCCUUCCCUCUUGUGAAGGAUGUCCGGGAGCCUCUUUUCUGUGUCUGUAUAUAUAUAUAAAACUAUGACUCACUCACACUCACUCGAAAACUAUGCAGGGCUCGGGAGCCUUCACAAGCUACCAUAUAAAUGAAUUACAUGCACUUUUGAGUAAAGAGGUUUCUAUUGGGCGCCAACAACUGAUUUCUCCCGUAGCUGUAGUUUCUCUUUACAGUCUUUCUUACUUUACCCUGUGGAUAUACACUCAGGAAUAAUCGGACAUUUAAAAAAAUCCUAACAGUAGGUAGUCUCAGAGACGGGGAACACGUCAGUCUGUCUCCAUACACCGGCCCACCCCUGCCCCGCGCUCUGCCUGCCUAGUUAGCUGCUGCUCGAGUGUUCGUCGGCGCUGGUGGUGUUGCGCGCUGAGCUCCAGGCCUCCCAGGGCGAAUGCUCGUCCCCUGGGAGGUCGGCUGGCAUCGCCUUUGAGGCUCCUUUUUUUUAAGAUAGAAAAACAUAGGACUCUGUGCUCAUUUUUAGGAGGUUUGACUCUUUAUAAUAGAUGAUGGUGUCUUUUGAAGCCAACUUCAGUCGCUCUCUCUCUUCAGAAACAAAAAUUGUUAAUUCCAUCAUAUUCCUCCCUGUGUAUUUAUAUACAUGUAUCGACAGGAAUUAUUUUGAUAUGGUUCUAAAUUUCUAUUCUGAAUUCAGGCUGUACUGUGCUGGUACUGGAAAUAAGGGUGAGUAGAGCUGAUUUGGGUGGGAAAAAGCUUUCUCAUCUCUGACCUGUAUUUUUUAAAAUGUCAGACAAGAGCUGUUUGAUGUCAUUUUCCUGAAAACUUAUUAAAUACUCUUUCAUAUCCCCAAACAUAAAAAUAAGUGGCCACUGUUCCUAACUAACUGAUGAAGUUUGCUUUUAAGAAUUUAGUAGCUGAUCUGACUAAAGUGUGUAUAGAGAGGAACUUGGUUUAAUCUGUGGGGUGGUGGGCUGGUGUGACCUGCAGAGGGUGAGCAGGUGUGGCUUGUGCGUGCCAGGGUAGGCGUCAGUGGCCUUCGGCUGGAUCUUGUGAAGUGUGGUGGCUAGGGUAGAGUGAAUCGCUGUGUGCCUCUGCCUUUGGAACCCACCUCUCCGACCUUCUGAAGUGCUUAUUGGGCAUUAAAAUUCUGUUAAUGCUGUGCUAACAUAAAUGUGAAGUCUGAGUAAGAUUGGUCUUAGGGGAAAAAAAGGUAUGUGUAAUAUAAAAUUUAGGCCCCAGGACCUGGCAUUUCACUUGGUUUAGAAAUUUCAUGAGAACCAAAUCUCCAAAUACCAGAUCUCCUCUCGAGGCCACAGACAAUCAGGCCGUGAGACAAUCGCCACCUUCGGUGCCCACCAUGCCGCGGUUUAGAGAAUUACCGUUUCGCUCCUGGAGCGGGAAGAGAAGAUCCACGUUUCUUCAAGAUGCUGGUGGUCCUCUUCUUAUAUUUUUGUUUUAGUUUUGUGAUUUUGGUGGAUAAGUUAAGUUCAGAGUCACCUGUGACUCAAAAAGAAAUAGCAUGAAAGGCAAAAACUAUCAGUGAAAAGCAGCUUUUUCCGUUUUCCACGCACCAUGGCCUUCCUCCCGUGCCCCAUUAGCUCCUUCUAGGCACACGCCCCUAGACCUAAGCUCUCCUGGCAUUUCCAGAACCAGUUGGAUUUUAAGGAUUUUUAACAAGUUCUUUAUAUUUGAAUCUUUUUGUAGAGCUCUCUGUGAAACCUUACCUAAUUCUUGAUUUUACAUCCUCAACAAGUCUUAUUACUAUAAUUGCCACCUCGUAUUGGGUUUUCUCUUGACUGGUUGGUCACAUCCUGGCAGCGGGCAGCCCUUGUCCAUGUGAACGUGGGUGAUGCUGCAGAGCGUGACGAGGGGUGGCGGGGGCCACGGGGGCUCACGGCUGACCUCGAUGCGCGAUGGUCUCUGCGGGGGAAGGGGGAACACUUCUCGGUUACUACACAGCAAAAUAGGGAUUUUCUUGUGUAAUCUGCCUUUCAGGGGGAAACGUGUUUCAUGAAGCACUUGUUUUGCAGUUCUGAAGCAUUCGUGUUUUUACCUUAGGAACAAACUCAAAGGGAAGUGUUUAUUUGACUUCUUUUUUUUUUUUUUUUUUUUUUUAAUUAUUAUUUGGUUGACUUUCAGCUUUCUGUUGAAAGUUACUAUUAAAGCAGCAGUGAUGGGUGCUAUUCCCGGUUCUGCAAUGGUUUACUUUGUCUACUAAGUGGUUUACUUUCAAACCUCAUCACACAUAACCUGACUAAAAGCGUUACGUCACACACUAAAAGGUAUUUUACUAUUUUCCAUUAACACUGUUGUAUGAACGAUGUUUUAUGAAAUGUUAAGUUGUCCUUUUGUCCUAUAGAUUGCAAUAGCUGUUAUGUAAUUGUUUUAUUGGCAAGUCUUGGGAUUUCUUUUUUUCCUUCAGAAAACCCUCAAGACCACGUGUCAAUCUUCCACAUUCUUCUGAAUAUUAUUAUAAUGCUGUGGCUAUUUCUGUAGAAAGAGUCUUUGCAAGUGUGUGUCUUGAAAAUAACCUCUCGUGUUUGUGUGUUUACGUGGGUUCUAAGAGACACGAUAAGCUCUGGAAGCUUCAUGAUGUACCUCCACGUGACUGUGUAUCUGGGUUCCAUGGGCAGGUGGUAUGGAACCCUGCUCUUAGAUGAGGUGGCUGAAAGAUAACGUUCCCUGAACCCCACUUGCUGUUUGUGUACCACAUCUGUCCGCAGAGAGGUGGUAUCUUAUACAACACUGCAUUUCUUGUGGUUGUGCUGUUACUGGUAUAAAGUCAAGUGCCUUCAAUGCUAAAGGCUCAGAAAUUUUUCUUAAACUGAUUUCAUGUCCUAUGCAAGUGUUUUCUACAACCUGCAUAACCAGUACUUUGUAAAACUUGUUUACGCUUCAAUUGUACAUAGUGUUUUUUAAAGAAAUAUAUAGUAUUUUUAUUUAGGUACCUCCAAACUUGAAUUCGUCUGUGUGAAGCAUUGUAAAACGAUACAUUUCUCUUUUGAGUAUCAUUACGGUUGUACAAAGGUUUCCACUGGUUCUAUUUUUCUACUGUUACUGAUAAGCAUGUAGCACUGACUUUAUCCUACAUAUAGUUGGCGUUUCCAAUAAAUGGCUUGUAUAGAA